CGAUGCCGACCCGAGUUUGAUGAUGAUGCGGAGCGACCACAUCUUGGCCGACUUGCGGACAUCGCAGGAUCUCGAACCCCUGCGUGUGCCAGAAAAGCUCCAGGACCGCUUUGAGCGAGCGCAUAAGCGCAUGGCCAACAAAGACGGGUAUCUGUUUACGUCGGCAGCAACGCCGCCGCGCGAGUCUGCAAAGAAGAACCUCCCCGAAGUCAUUGUGCGCAACAAGAUGAUGGCCUUCGAGUCCAAGUGGCAAUGCACGAGCAAAACGUCCAUGUUGUACGAUCCGUUGGACACGUCGUUUGAGCGACUCUCGAUGGACGAGCGCGAGGAAGUGAUGAAUCGCAUCCAAACCCGCGUCGAGCACAUCACGGACGUCGUGGGCGACAAGUACCGCCGAAAGAAACAGGAGCUUGACGAACAUGGCGUGUUCGACCCCGCCAUCAACGCACGCCGCGUGCAAACGAUGUAUCUCGUGGAGCUCCAGCGCCGAUGUAACAUCGACCAGCUCAAAACUCAAGUCCUCGAAGAAUUCGACCGAGAACGGCAGCCACUGUUUGCCGGAUCCUUUGGGCAAAAAACGUCGUCGAGCGCGGCGCCGGUGCACGUACUCGGGACGCUGCUGCAAGAGGCGGAGCCCCCUCUUCACCAGCUCAAAGGAUCGAAGAAGCUGCAGCGGAUGCUGCGCUCCCCAUCCAUGGCCAAAUCGUCGUCCGAGCCCGUCUUGGAGCGACGAAAGUCCAUACGCAGUAGUUCAAUCGCAUCUUCUAUUGGGACCAAAGGAACACCAACAACAUCGGCAACGUUACCAGUGGACUCGUCGGGACCGCCGCCUGUGCCGCCAAACAAUCCUGUCCGCUCGUCGCACGCCGACAACAAUCCGAAGCACAUCGCGAUGAGCCGUCAUCCCGAAAUUGCGUUGGUCGUGGCGGCGCUUCGGGUGGCAGAAGCCGAUGCAAACGUCGUCAAAACACGUACAAAAGUCUCGUUGCGACCUGGACAGGACAUGGCGGCCAAGCCAAACACCGCCGUCGACGAAUGGAAGGAUCAAGUCGACCUGUUUGGCCAAAUUGGAGCUCGAUGUAGUGCAUCAUUGCGGCGACGACUAACUUGUGAGCUGGCCGACUUUUCAGCGGUGCCGCCAUCGUUCACUCACGUGUGGAACCGCAUCGUUCCGCUCACGACGAGUUUGCGUGAAAGACGUGCAAAAUCCAAGUCGGCCGUCGUGCGAACCGACCACCCCAACCAAGCCACGACCGACAUCGAACCGGUCGACCGGCUGAGCGCUCGAAAAGCUGCCGCAAACGCUCGGUACAGCCAAUGGCAAGAUGCGAUCGGUCGGCGGCGAAAGCAGCCCAAGCACGUUUCCGACUCGGCCUCGGUCGUGAGCACUGGAGCGCCCCAUCCAACCAUUCCUACAACCGAGCCAAAUGUUGCAACGGCGCCGCCCUCGGCGCUAGAGAGGCGGCCCAGUACUAUCCUCAACGAACGCCAAAACAAGCACGCCUGUCGACAGAAGUCGGUAGCGACAGGGAUCGUGGGUUGCCGCCCCCGAGUGGCGGCACCUCUCUCGCAGCACACGACGAAGCGAGUGCUUCGGCGCCAGGUGACCGCCAUCACGUGGGAGUGGCAAGCUCUCGAGGCAACCAAGGAGGCCUCGGUCUCCGUUUCCCCCAACGCCGACUUGUCGACAGCGGCUGCGCUGCUUGCACGGCCGAGUGGUGCGGACGACUCACCCCUGGGUUCGUCGAGGCGCUCCCGAGAGAAGAUUAGCCCCAACCGCUCGAGCACUCUCUCGGCCGCGAACAUUCGAAACAACUCGGUAGUGGACUGCCACGAAACCCUCCAGACUCGCCUCGAAGAGGUGUGGCUUCGACUAGGCAUGCCGUACCACCUCAAGCUGAAGAUGCUCCAGAAGUAUGCGAGCCACGACGGAGCCGAGUUACUGCACACGGCGAUCGACCUGUGGGAAGCAGCGGCGGAAGUUGUUGUGAUGCGGGAAACCCUCUUGACGAUGCAAGCGCAUGUCGACGCCGACUUGGUGCCGGACGAACUCGAGAUAUACUGGAGCCAACUCCAAACGUACCAACUCCAUCUCCCCAUUCCGUCCGAUGCGCCGCCAAUGCACGCGUUCGGACCAUGGGUACAGUCAGUCAAGUCGUUCAAAUCUCAACAAGUCGGUUGCAGGUGGAGUCGUUGGUGCCAAUCGCGACCGCCAAAUGCAAAGACGCCAUCCAUGCGCUUGCGGUGGCGACAGGGGAUGCGCUCACGUACGACGGGGCAGUCUAUCUAGUCGACGACCUCGAGGGCGAUGGCUAACUUAACGACUCAUCUCUCAUCC